AUGGUUCAGAAAAAGGCCUGUGAUGCUUGUCACAAGAGAAAGCAUCACAAUCUAGCUUGCACUUUCGACCGUGUCAGGGGUCGUAGGAAGCAAGCCGCCAGAUCUAGAUCCAAGCAAACAUCAGAGAGUAGCCUUUCAGAACGGCUGAGAAAAGUAGAAGAAGCACUCGCUCAAACGCUUGCUAGCCAGAGCGACCCUUUGAGCAGAGUAUCAAAACACUUCACGUCGAGCUCUCUGCCUGUACAUGACCAUUCCGAAUCUCCUACAAUCGAAAAUGGCAAAGAGCCAACUCCAGUAGUGGUCACACAGCCAGACCCAUCCGACUCUUCCAUGGCCGAUUCCGAAUCCAUCGUCCAGCCAGAAAGUCUCACUACUUUUGUACCCUCUCCCAGCGCCGUCUCCUAUGGCCAACUCCACUUUGAUGGAUGUCACUUUGGUCAUCUUAGCCAGCACAAUGGGUUGCCGCUUAUUUCAGAUCAAGGCAAGGAGUGGAUUGCUUCCAAGACAGGCGAGCAAGUUCGCUUCGAAACUGGACGACAGCUUCGCCCACCACUAUCGACACCCUUGUCAACACACCGUUUUACCGACCCACAUGAUCUGUAUACUCUUCCAGAUAGAACGGUGGUUGAAACCAUCUGGCAUGUGUUUUCGAAUUCGUCCUUUCGACUUGUGUUCCCCGUUGUCGACCCAGAACUAUUCUAUGAUACAAUCAACCUUGCGUAUAUGAGCUGGAGUGGAGAGACUCCCUCACUUGAGCACAUGAGCCAGAUGGCCUGUGUUUUGGCUUUUGCGUCUAUGAUUCCACUGUUCCAGGGGUCACUAGUCGAUCUCCCCCCUGUCGAUACUGAUAUAUGCGCUGCAAAGGCUCGCUACAUCCUUACUGAUGUUCUCGAAGGACCGAAUCUCGCCACUCUUCAGGUGGCUUUCAUGCUGAACAUGCAUGAGAUCUUCCUAGGACGACUCCGUUCCGCUUCCAUGUUUCACGCCAUUGCUUGCCGCAUGGCCUUCACCCUUGGCGGUCAAAAUUACACCACAACUGAGACUAACAAGGGCCGAAUCACUCACCGUGACCGAGAGCGUCGCCAAUUAAGACUUCUCUUUUGGCUUGCGUACAUCUUUGACAAGGACAUUGCCCUCCGAAGUGGCCAGCCCCCUUUGAUGGCCGACGACUACUGCGACCUUACCUUGCCAGAGAACUAUCUGGAAUGCUACGAAUAUCUCCCCGGCCUAAGCCACCAUCUCCCUCUUGAGCUUGCUGGUAAUACCGCCCUCGUGCCUCAUCUCCCUGGAGACCCGCGUCUCAGUCAUAUAAAGGAAAAGACUAGUCGCUUGCUCUACUCUGCGCAAGCCGCCAGGAAAACACCUGCCCAGCUUCUAUUCGACAUCAGAGAUCUUGACGAUGAGCUGGAAACCUGGAGGAAGUCCAUCCCGCAAAACUUUCGCCCCCAACUUUCCAUCCGCAAUAAUUAUCAAGUAAAUGUGGAAAACAUGCAUCUUCCGCGUAGCAUGCGUUCCAUUACCCUCCAUCUUGAGUACCACCACCUUUUGACCACCAUUCAUCGCGCCAGUGGAAGAUGCAUGCAUCAUCCUGAGCAGGAAAAGUCAAACAUAGACGCUGAAUGGCCAUCCACCAUUGAAUCAGGUGUGGAAUCAAGCAUUGCUCUGGCGCUCGAAGCAAGUCGGUCAACUCUUUUAUAUCUUAUGGCGGCCAUGAAUGGUCUUGCUGGUGAAGCCUUCUGGGUCGUUGUGUUUUAUCCUACCGCUGCUAUGAUUACAAUCUUCUUUAACAUCCUCAUGCACCCUCUCCGUCCAUCGGCUAAGACAGACCUGGAACUUCUCAAAUCCUCUUCUGAUCUGAUUCGGAAGCUUCCAAGUUCGCAUCUCAGACCCCAUGACGAACGGAUGGAAAUGAUUAACGACUUUUGCAUGGAGCUUGUUCGCCUAGCCAGUAGUGCAAUCAACAAAGCUGUCUAUGAACUCGACCGAGAACAUGAAAUUCUGCCGCCAACCAACAUAUAG